AACUCCAAGUCAGAUAUCCGAACUCUGAAUAUCAACUGCAGGAGCUGCAAUCAGAACGACUAGAUUUCUCCUGAAGGACUAACUACUAAACGACUCAGAGAUGGCCAGUGACAGUCAGGUGGUAUUGGAUGUGGACGGACCCCGGGUGACGAUCGUACGAGAGAAGGCCUCGUGGUCUUCUUCAGGAGUUUGGAGAACCUGUGGAGUCCUUCUCGCCGUGGCUCUCUGCGCUGCCGCCGCUGUCUGCUUUUCUCAAAACAAGACGCAGAACAAACCAGACGAGACCCAAGAAAUCAAGCACUCUCUCAGGCAGAUUUCCCAGACUGCGAAGGCUGCGAUCCAUCUCUCAGGUCACUACAACCCGCAGGUUUCGAACGUAUCUAUGCAGUGGUUCGACAACGCAGACCAGUCCUUCUCUUUAGGCUUGAAACUGGAGGACAACGAGAUCAAGAUUCUCCACGACGGCCUCUACUUCGUCUACAGCCAGGCCUCGUACCGUCUGCUCUGUAAAGCCGAGAGCGACGAGACCGAGGGCGAGGUGAUGCACAUGAGCCACAAAGUGUCUCGCUGGUCUGACUCUUACAGCUCAUGGAAGCCGUUGCUGAGCGCCACCAGAUCGGCCUGCAAGAAAACAACCGAAGAGUACCAGAAAUACUGGUACGGCGCCGUCUACCUCGGGGCCGCGUUCAACCUGGAGGCCGGAGACCGACUGCGCACCGCCAUGGACGAGAAGCUGCUGCCCAAAGUGGAGAGCGCCGGCGGGAAAACCUUCUUCGGAACGUUCUCCUUAUAAAGAUCUAAAAGAUUGUCAUUUUGGAACUUUUGCAAGGCAGAGCCUGACUGAAGAACUGUUGUUUUACAUUAAAACAUACACGCAAAUGAGUUAUCACUUCAACUCAAAUCUUAUGCUUGAGGAGAUUCCUACCGUAACAGAUCAGGAAGUGAAAAAUGAUAAUUAAUUUUUUAUGAUUUAAUGCAUAUUUAUUAUAAACGUAUUUAUUUAUUUAUUCUAUAUUUAUUGAGUGUGUUUUUUUUAAUAUGCAACUUGU